AUGAAAUUUACAUUGAUUAUAUUAUGCCUUAUAGUUGGAUCAUACUCACAAGAUCUCUAUUUUGUGAGUGAUCCUGAAGGAUUAUGUUUGGAUGGUUCAAGAGGAGUACUUCAAUAUAAUAUUUAAGUCUUAUUAUUUUGCUGAAGGAUACGGAUCAGGAUCAUAGAAUUUCAUAUUUCACUUUACUGGAGGAUCGUAAGAAUCUUAAUAUAUCUAAUUAGUUGGAUUCAAGGAUUGAACGAAUAAUAAUUGUUAAAUUCAGCAUACAAAAGGUAUGAUCUAUAUAAAUUAUGAU